GAAACAAAUUUCACCAAGCAGCAAACUAGCAUUCCGCAAAUUUUAGCGAAUUUUUUUUAGUUGAGGGAAUAGCAUUUUAAUUCUUACAGGUUUUGAUACGAAAAGUAUAAGUUAAGUAAAUGCACGACGUUAUUUACUAUAAUGUUUGCUGACUUGCUGUUUAUUCGGAAUGUAGUACUGUUUGUGAUCUGAAAAGGAGACAGCUGUGCUUGCCUUAUCAAACUUCAUUUGUGUCCGCUAAGAAAGGAACACAACUACUUACAAGUAGCCAUACCUCAUAAAUCCCGAGCUCGUCACAGCCUCGCAGAUUGCAACCGAAUCGCAUACACGAUUCUGUUAUUUGCAUUCCGACACCAGAAGCUGGCCGCAUUUUAGGAAUGGGUAUAUGUGCUUCUUGUUGCGGCUCGGGAGAUGAUGCGGGUGAUCGCGAUAGCGAACGUCAGGGACUCAUCAACGGCAUCAACAGCCACCCCCAACCGAUUGAGCCCGUAGCGGGGGAUUAUCAGCGUACUAGCUCUGUGAUCCGCAAAAAUGACGAACAGAGUGCCAUGAACAGGAUAAUCCAUAAAGCAGCCAGUAAUGUUAUCGAUGUUGCCGCACUGGAUACGCACGGCAUGGAACACCACGAAUUCAGCGAAAGAGCCAAAACCUACAAUUUGAAACUGAAUAACGCCGGUCUACAGUUGCGAACUCGCUUAAGAAAAAAAGAAAUUUUGCCGGAAAAUUCCAUUCCCGUUGAUCGGUUAGCUGCUUUCGUUCCGCUACCGGUUCCCGAUUUGGAAAUGAUCAACAAUCUUUCGAGAAGCAUGGAUGAAGCUUUCCAGCACUUCGCGGUGAAUCACACGGAAGAUCUUAUCGUCCAAUUUCCAGUGGCUUGAAUUUUGGAGCUUUGACCAGUUUUUAUACCCGUUUCCGUGAUAAUUUAAGCUGUUGUAUUUGUAUUACAAGUAAAUUUUGAUCUUUUGACUAGUAACUAGUUGAUUGUUGGCUAACUCGUUUGGCGGUUUUCAUCGUUUCCUUUGGCAGUGUUGAUGCUUGUUGCCGUUAAUAUCCUUUUCCGUGCAUCUUGUUUUUCUGCACCGACCACCGUCGUCCCCACAGCUCUGCUUGCAUUCGGUCAAAUUCUGUUACGGCGCUGAAAUCCAUGUUCUUCAGCUGCCGCAGCCAGGAUAAAACAAUGAAGCGGUAG